AUGUCUGGCUUUUCCAGAGCUCCCCGCCAAGAGCGGUGGAGGAACGGCGCUCCUGUGACCUCGGGUAUCCAGUACGACCAAUUCCUUCUGUUCGGCGACUCCAUCACCCAGCAAUCCGGGAAUCAAGACCGCGGCUUUGGAUUUGCUCCUGCUUUGCAAGAUGCCUACAUCCGCCGUCUUGAUGUCGUAAACAGAGGGCUGAGCGGUUACAACACAGACCAGGCUCUGAAGGUGUUGACUUCUAUCAUCCCAACUCCAGAACAGGCUCGAGUUCGGUUUCUGAUGGUAUUCUUUGGAGCAAACGAUGCCUCCCUAGCAGAAGCUCGGAAUGGCCAACAUGUCCCGCUUGCUACGUACAAGGAGAACCUAGCCAAGAUUGUCACCCACGAAGCCGUGAAAGUCCACAACGCAAGAAUCAUACUCGUAGCACCGCCGCCAGUCAAUGAGCACCUGAUGCUGCCUGGCGACAUCGCCAGGGGAAUGGAGAAAUGCUCGAGGACUGCUGUUACUACAAGAACAUACGCCCGGGCCGUCUGUGAUCUCGGCAAAGAGCUUGAUAUCCCAGUGCUAGACCUGUGGACUGCUUUCAUGUCUACGACUGGCUGGAAGAUCGAGGACCCUGACAUUCCGGGUGGCCUGCACCUCCCGGAAAACUCCGCAUUGGUAGACUUUCUCCACGAUGGUCUACAUUUCAAUCCGCCGGGAUACCAGAUCCUGUUCGAUGAGCUGAUGAAGCUAAUCUCUGUUCAUUGGCCGGAUCAGAUGCCAAGAGAGCUUCCAUUUCUCCUGCCAAUGUGGAACGAUUUUGCCGCAUGGGAUGCAUUCGAGAAGUCCUCGACGGGUGUAUGA